CACGUGCACUCCCACUCACGACGCGCCAUCAAGAAACCGGUGUGUGGAACCGACGGAAGCUACAUGUAUAGCAAGAGACGGUCCCGGUAGUGCGUUUUUGGUGUCGCGACGUGAACACUGGUGCAUCGGCGUUCUGCAACGUGCGAUAUUCUACAUUUGGCGCAACAGACGAUAGACAGAAGACAAUGGACAAGAAUACGCAACCGCCAGCACCCGGUUUCGUGCCGCCACCCCCUUACGACGCACAGCAGCAGCAGCAGCCAGUGCAACAUGUUAUCGUAGUGUCGGGAGGAUUCGGCCCAGAAACGCAGCGCAUGACCUGUCCACAGUGUCACGCUAACAUAUCCACACGGGUGGAGUCGGAAGCGAACACGAAAACACAUCUGAUGGCGCUACUCCUCUGUAUCUUUGGAUUAUGGUGUUGCGCACCAUGUCCUUACUGUAUGGACACUUGCUUAGUUAAGAAGCAUUAUUGUCCAGCCUGCACCGCUUAUCUCGGAGUGUCUGACAAUUAAUCUAUCUUAGCUGCGAUAAGAAUACAAAGAAGAGACUGGAGCAUCGCGUUACAAUCGAUCGCGCUGUACAUAGCAUACGUGGCUGAUAUUGUGGUUUGAUCCAAUACACCGCAAGUAAGAACAGCAGAGUUACAUCCAUGCCUGAGACAGCUGCACUUUUGUUUCUUCUGUAUAUACAUAUAUAAGUUCACACGGAGAGAACGAUGUGUAUAAAAUUCAAUUUUCGUUUCUUAUUUUCUUAUAUAAUGGUUAUUCGAUAGUAAAAAUUGUAUGUAAGUCAUUAUAUUAUAUCAUUCAUGUAUUAUUCGCAAGAUUUCCGUUUAAUACAAUACGUGUAAAUGUGUAAUAGUAGAAAGUCGUAUAAUCGUUUUUAUAUAAAGCGAUACUGAGACACUUCACUUUCACGUACCUGUAAUUAUGUUCCGUGAGCGAAACUAUUACAAAAUGUUAUUAAUGUAUAUUCGAUCCACAAAAUUACACAUUUAUACAUAUGUUUUUCACUCGCACGUCAAAUACAUAUAAGUACGGAACUAUAUAAUUGUUUAACCUUGUUUUUUUUGUAUUUAAGAACAUCCUGCCUUCAUUCUGUAAUAACUUUCUUUUGCUCUUAGUUUAUAUUUCUAAAUGUAACAAGAAUUUAGGUAUCGAUAACAAAAUUUCUUAAAAGCUAUAAACAAAAGUUACCAGAAUUUUUUAAAU